AUGCACCCACAUGGCAUAAUUGAAAAGGUGCUUUGCCCACCUGCUUCAACAUUUACCAUUACUCCUGCUGGACUACGGAAGGCUGGACUCCUGUGGUUCAGGUGGCAGGGGGUGGGCCGACAGCAAGACGGUGGGUGCGGUGGCGCUGGAAGACGAGCUCCAAGACAAGACGAACCAGGUUCGGCGAGGAGUAUUUUCAGUGGCUGCGACUUCAACUGCUCGUAUCAAGAGAUAUUGCGAACUAGCCCCACUGAACGCGGAGUCGAGAUUGAAAUUCGACGCAGCCGCUGGGAGAUCUUGAAGAUGCUGCACAACAUGAAGCUGUGGCAACGUGCCAACGUGCUGCAUCUCUCACUUGUCCACUACUCCAACGACUUUGAUGCAACAGUGAAGUGCAUGCUGACAUUUUUUUUGGAGGGCCGGCAAAAAUUGGUUCAUGGUAAGAAGAUGCAGGCCUUGCUGGCAGCUGCACGUGCAGCUGGUCUACGAUCCAAGCUUUACAAGAAAGACCUGCAGCAGGUGCUUCAAGUCGAGGAGCACUUGUGGAUGCUGGCGCUUCAGGAAGAGCACCGCUUCUUGGCAGAUGCUGACGCCCUGUAUGAUCGACUGAUGAUACGAGGUCAAAAGGAGAUGGCACGCUUGGGCUGUCCGGAUUGGAAAAAAUGGGUGCCAGCUGUGAGCAGGGUUUUGCCUUGGAUCGCAAGUGCGGUGCAUUGCGUAGGGCUUGAACUUGAAAGACCAGCGACAUUGAUGAGGGCUUUCGCGCAAUAUUCCGUUGUAAGACAGUGUGACCGUGGCAUGUUUUGA